AUGGCAUUCCAUGCAGUCCCUUCCCUCAAGCGGAAAAUGUUCUCACAGUUUGGCUUCGUCUCAGCUUUUUCUCUCGGUCGCGGCGGGCGAAACCUUACGGCGUUCCCGUCUCGUCAGAAAUGUGGCACUCGGCGGCAUCAGCAUGUAAAGGCUGUGUUGCGCCCGAACAUUGCGGUAGUAGGAGGGGGUCACGGCGGCAUCUCUGUGGCACUGCGGUUGAUGACGCUACCAUGGACGCGAUUAACUAAACCGACCGUAACCCUCAUCGACCGAAAAGACCGCUUCACUUUUCUUCCAAUGCUGUACGAGCUCGCACUGGGCCAAGUCGAGCGAUGGGAAGUCGCCCCGAAGUUCACCGAUUUGCUUGCCGAUUCGUCCAUCAAAUUUGUGCAGGGGAACGUCGAGAACCUCGACCUGGCUAGUGGAGCUGUGGAAGGGACGCUCAUGGGCGAGAAGGGAAGUCCAGAAUUUCGGGUGCCGUUUGACCGUCUUGUCUUGGCACUGGGAGUGCAACCAGGUGGUAUAGAUAAAGUCCCAGGGGCGAAGGAGUAUGCCAUUCCAUUUUAUGGAUUACAAGAUGCUUUCUCACUGAAGGAGCGGAUCGCUUCCUUGCGAAAGAACAGCUCGCCUAGUAAGGUUGUGAACAUUGUCGUUGUAGGGGGAAGCUUUUGCGGGGUCGAACUAGCUUCUUGUCUAGCGGAAGACUUUGGAAGCGCGGCGAGUGUCAUGGUAGUAGAGCCUUCCGAUCGCUUGCUCGCACAAGGCACUGACUUCAACCGGCGCAUAUCAGAAAAGAGCCUUGUGGCUAAUGGGGCUGUCACCUUGUAUCGGUCCCGCGUGGCCGAGAUCACGAAAGAUAAAGUUGUGAUUGAGAAGCUUGAUGGCGGCACUGCGAACAUUGUACGCUAUCCCAGUGAUUUAGUCCUGUGGACUGCUGGCACAGAGGCAAGUUCAGCGUUGCCCAAUUUUGACGUUCCGUUGGGGGAAAGGGGGCUCAUCGCGACAGAUUCACUUUUGCAGGUCAAAGAACAUGAGAACCGAAUUUUUGCGUUGGGUGACAGUGCGUCUGUCGAUAUCGAAAGCAAGUACAAUGGCACUGCUCAAGUUGCAGUACAGCAAGCAGAAUAUGCAGCUUGGAAUACUUGGGCCUCCUUGAUGGGAAAGCCGAAGCUGCAGUAUCGGUACGCCCAUCUCGGGGAGAUGAUGGUCCUCGGUGCGAAAAAUGCCACCGUGACUACAUCGGUUGGACUGGAACUCGAUGGCGGCGCGGCGUGGGCAGCGCGACGUCUAGCCUACUUAGCGCGGAUGCCGACUGACCGGCAUCGGGCAAGAGUGGCAGCUAGUUGGGCUGCAAACCCACUUCUAAGUGGCAUGGGAGAUCUUGUCAAAGAAAGUAGAAAGUACAGAACUAACAACAUCUGA